AUGGCUACGGGAAUGCGAACGAAGAGAGUGGCCAAGGAGCGCCAAAAGAUAGAUAAAUUUGGUCUACCUCCUGGUAUAGAGCUCGUGAACGGCGACGACUUGAAGGAAUGGCUCUUUGACAUUCGUGUCUUGGACAACAACCCUCUGUAUAAGGAUAAUGUCUAUCGGCUGAAAUUCGUCUUCUUUGACUCGUACCCCAUAGAGCCUCCAGAGGUCACCUUCGUCAACAACCCAACCCGCCCAGUCCCCAUGCAUCCGCACAUCUACUCGAACGGAAUUAUUUGUCUUGACCUCUUGGGAAACCAGGGAUGGAGCCCUGUCCAAAGCGCCGAGAGCAUCUGCAUGAGCAUACAAAGCAUGCUCACCAGCAACAGCAAGAACGAGCGACCGCCUGGCGAUGCAGAGCCACAUAUAGCGUCAAAGUGGACUCUUUUGCUUUCCUUUGCGGCAAACCAGAAACAAAUAUUCAUUCUCAUUGAUGGCAUGAUUGCUGCUAUACCCCAAGAGGCCUGGACAUAUGACGUCGCCCCUCCGCUGCUUUUUGUGCCAGUGACAGCUCUCCCCUCUGGCGGGGCUGGCCUCACCGCCCGCCGUACGCCACACUUUGGCCCCCCUGGCUACUACAGAAACCAGGACCUAGCUGUCUCAUCCUCCGCCAAACAUCCCCCACGAGCUCUCUGCCGCGGGCAAAUCAUGGCUCCUCGCGCGGAAUUCAGCACCGAGCAGAUCCGGGGCAAAGCUCGAAAGGACCUACUCUACCUGCUCGAGGGUGUCCGCGGCAAGAAGAACCUCGUGUUUGAUCGCAGCCUUGUCGGCCCCAUCGGUACAAUCGUCAAGGUCGCCACGCUCCAAGAGUACGGGGUCGACAAAUUCUUCAUUCUAGAAAACAAUAACGUGGAUGCGAGCCAGCGCAAUGUCGUCUUUGUGGCCAGAGGCGAGUGCGGUCGGCAUGCCGAGGCCAUAGCAGCGCAGAUUAAGCGAAUUCAGCGUGAGAGCCAGACAACUCAUGACUUCCACAUAUUCUGGGUGCCACGUCGCACCCUCGUCUCCGAUCAACUACUCGAAGAAGCCGGUGUUCUAGGCGAUGUCAACAUUUCUGAACUGCCGCUGCUCUUCUUCCCGCUCGAAGAAGACGUUCUAUCGCUUGAGCUAGAGGAUUCCUUCAAAGACCUCUAUCUGUCCAAAGAUGUCACACCAAACUUUCUCAUGGCCAAAGCGCUCAUGGAAGUGCAGCAGAACCACGGCCUGUUUCCACGAAUCAUUGGGAAAGGUGACAAUGCGAAGCGGGUAGCAGAUCUCCUCGUCCGCAUGCGCCAAGAACGGCUGGCGGGUGAAGAUGGGAGCGACGUCAAAACAGCGCUGACGCCCAGCACCACGAACGAGAGUGUCAUCAUUAUCGAUCGUGAAGUCGAUUUCGUUACCCCACUACUCACGCAGCUGACAUAUGAGGGACUUAUUGAUGAGAUUUUUGAAAUUCAAAACAAUCAGGCCAAGGUAGACACAACCAUCGUCGGGGCACCGGCGCAAUCUUCAGCGGCCACCUCACAGAGCAGGAAGCGGACGGUACAGCUCGAUAACAGCGACAAGCUAUAUGAGCAACUACGAAACGCCAACUUCGCCAUCGUGGGUGGGCUGCUCAACAAGGUCGCCCGGCGUCUUCAAAAGGUACAAUCAGAUUACGAGAGCAAGCACAAGACCAAGACAAUUGCCGAGCUGAAAGAAUUCGUGAGCCAACUGCCCGGCUACCAACAAGAGCACCAAAGCGCGAGGAUACACACCGGCCUUGCUGAGGAAAUCAUCAAACACACACGAACUGAUUUAUUCAAGGGCCUUCUCGAAGUUCAACAGAAUCUCGCUGCCGGUGCCGACCCAUCGUCUCAAUUCGACGGCAUAGAAGAGCUCAUUGCUAGAGAUGCUCCUUUGCGGGAGACUCUUCGUUUGCUCUGCAUCUACUCGUGCAUCUCUGGAGGAAUAAAACCCAAGGAUUUCGAGCAGUUCAAGCGUCUGAUACUCCAAGGAUACGGCUACCAACAUCUACUCACACUCAACAAUCUUGAGAAGCUGCAGCUAUUUCUAUCGCGCUCUUCUCCACUAGCGGGGAUGAUCCCGAUGACGGGCAAUGCUGGCGCCGACGGCAACAAAACCAACUACACAUACCUACGAAAGCAGCUGCGUCUAAUUGUCGACGAAGUGCAGGAAGACGACCCCAACGACAUUGCCUACGUUUACAGCGGUUAUGCUCCUCUUUCCAUUCGACUUGUACAAUGCGUUCUUCAGAAGCAGUAUCUAUCAUCUAUUACGAAAGGAAAUGGCACAGCGAAUGCGAGCGGUACUGUCCCUGGUGCGGGAGCCCAAGGAUGGCACGGAUUUGAUGAAGCCGUCAAGCACGUCAGGGGCCAGACUUUCUAUGAGCUUCAGAAGGGCGAGGAUAAGGCCGUCAAAGCUAGAGCACUAUUAUCCGGCAGUGGACACAAGCAGACCGUCUUUGUUGUCUUCAUCGGAGGUGUUACUUUUACAGAGAUCGCCGCGCUGAGAUUCAUCGCGAAGCAGGAGCAGGAUCGGAGAAAUAUAGUAAUCUGUGCGACUUCUAUAAUCAGCGGGAACAGGAUGAUGGAUGCGGCAACCGAGAAAGAAGCGUUCGCCCGCAAAGAGGCAACGCUACCCAACAGCCCAUAG